CUCUCGGGGCUGGCUCGAGAGUAGCGCAGUAGCCAAAGCCGCAGCUGCCAAAGCUGCCGCCACUAGCCGGGUAUGGCCAUGGCGUCCCCGGCCAUCGGGCAGCGCCCGUACCCGCUACUCUUGGACCCCGAGCCGCCGCGCUAUUUACAGAGCCUGAGCGGCCCGGAGCCGCCGCCGCCGCCCCCCGACCGGUCCUCGCGCCUCUGUGUCCCUGCGCCCCUCUCCACUGCGCCAGGGGCGCGCGAGGGGCGCAGCACCCGGAGGGCUGCCCGGGGGAACCUGGAGCCCCCGCCCCGGGCCUCCCGACCCGCUCGCCCGCCCCGGCCUGGUCUGCAGCAGAGACUGCGGCGGCGGCCUGGAGCGCCCCGACCCCGCGACGUGCGGAGCAUCUUCGAGCAGCCGCAGGAUCCCAGAGUCCCGGCGGAGCGAGGCGAGGGGCACUGCUUCGCCGAGUUGGUGCUGCCGGGCGGCCCCGGCUGGUGUGACCUGUGCGGACGAGAGGUGCUGCGGCAGGCGCUGCGCUGCGUUAACUGUAAAUUCACCUGUCACCCAGAAUGCCGCAGCCUGAUCCAGUUGGACUGCAGUCAGCAGGAGGGUUUAUCCUGGGACAGACCCUCUCCAGAAAGCACCCUCACCCUGACCUGUAGCCAGAAUGUCUGUAAACCUGUGGAGGAGACACAGCGCCCACCCACACUGCAGGAGAUCAAGCAGAAGAUUGACAGCUACAACACGCGAGAGAAGAACUGCCUGGGCAUGAAACUGAGUGAAGAUGGCACCUACACGGGUUUCAUCAAAGUGCAUCUAAAACUCCGGCGGCCUGUGACGGUGCCUGCUGGGAUCCGGCCCCAGUCCAUCUAUGAUGCCAUCAAGGAGGUGAACCUGGCGGCUACCACGGACAAGCGGACAUCCUUCUACCUGCCCCUAGAUGCCAUCAAGCAGCUGCACAUCAGCAGCACCACCACCGUCAGUGAGGUCAUCCAGGGGCUGCUCAAGAAGUUCAUGGUUGUGGACAAUCCCCAGAAGUUUGCACUUUUUAAGCGGAUACACAAGGACGGACAAGUGCUCUUCCAGAAACUCUCCAUUGCUGACCGCCCCCUCUACCUGCGCCUGCUUGCUGGGCCUGACACGGAGGUCCUCAGCUUUGUGCUAAAGGAGAAUGAAACUGGAGAGGUGGAGUGGGAUGCCUUCUCCAUCCCUGAACUUCAGAACUUCCUAACAAUCCUGGAAAAAGAGGAGCAGGACAAAAUCCAACAAGUGCAAAAGAAGUAUGACAAGUUUAGGCAGAAACUGGAGGAGGCCUUAAGAGAAUCCCAGGGCAAACCUGGGUAACCGGUCCUGCUUCCUCUCCUCCUGGUGCACUCAGAUUUAUUUGUAUUAUUAAUUAUUAUUUUGCAACAGACACUUUUUCUCAGGACAUCUCUGGCAGGUGCAUUUGUGCCUGCCCAGCAGUUCCAGCUGUGGCAAAAGUCUCUUCCAUGGACAAGUGUUUGCAUGGGGGUUCAGCUGUGCCCGCCCCCAGGCUGUGCCCCACCACAGAUUCUGCCAAGGAUCAGAACUCAUGUGAAACAAACAGCCGACGUCCUCUCUCGAUCUGCAAGCCUUUCACCAACCAAAUAGUUGCCUCUUGUCACCAAACUGGAACCUCACACCAGCCGGCAAAGGAAGGAAGAAAGGUUUUAGAGCUGCGUGUUCUUUCUCUGGCUUUGAUUCUUCUUUGAGUUCUCUUACUUGCCACGUACAGUACCUUUAUUUAUGAGUGAAAAGUUGUAGCACAUUCCUUUUGCAGGCCUGAGCUAAGCCCCUGAAAGCAGGAUAAUGCUCAUAAAAGGACUGUUCCCGCGGCCCCAAGGUGCCUGUUGUUCACACUUAAGGGAAGUUUAUAAAGCUACUGGCCCCAGAUGCUCAGGGUAAGGAGCACCAAAGCUGAGGCUGGCUCAGAGAUCUCCAGAGAAGCUGCAGCCUGCCCUGGCCCUGGCCCUGGCUCUGGCCCUGGCCCACAUUGCACAUGGAAACCCAAAGGCAUAUAUCUGCGUAUGUGUGGUACUUAGUCACAUCUUUGUCAACAAACUGUUUUUAAGUUACAAAUUUGAAUUUAAUGUUGUCAUCAUCGUCAUGUGUUUCCCCAAAGGGAAGCCAGCCAUUGACCAUUUAAAAAGUCUCCUGCUAAGUGUGGAAAUCAGACAGUAAGAGAAAGCCAAAAAGCGAGCACAGAAACGUGUCCAAGCUGUCUUCAGCCUUCCCCAGCUAAAGAGCAGAGGAGGGCCUGGGCUGCUUGGGUUCCCCAUCAGCCUCCAGCACUGCCUCCCUCCUCCCACUGGGACUCUGGGAUCUCCAGGUGCUGCCCAAGGAGUUGCCUUGAUUACAGAGAGGGGAGCCUCCAAUUCGGCCAACUUGGAGUCCUUUCUGUUUUGAAGCAUGGGCCAGCCCCGGCACUGCGCUCAGGGAGCCGGUGGGCCUGGCCUCCCUGAGCGCAGUGCCUCAGUGCCUUUUUGUUUUCAGAGAGAAAUAGGAGCAAGGUGAGUUUGCCUGAAGCUCUGCUGCUGGCUCCUCCUGCCAGGAAGUGAACAAUGGCAGCGGUGUGGGAGACAAGGCCAGGAGAGCCUGCGUUCAGUAUGGGUUGAGGGUCACAGACCUCCCUCCCAUCUGGGUGCCUGAGUUUUGACUCCAAUCAGUGACACCAGACCACAUUGACAGGGAGGAUCAAAUUCCUGACUCUACAUUUGCACUGGCUUCUUGUUUAGGCUGAAUCCUAAAAUAAAUUAGUCAAACAAUUCCAACAAGUAGCCAGGACUGCAGAGACACUCCAGUGCAGAGGGAGAAGGACUUGUAAUUUUCAAAGCAGGGCUGGUUUUCCAACCCAGCCUCUGAGAAACCAUUUCUCUGCUAUCCUCUGCCUUCCCAAGUCCCUCUUGGGUCGGUUCAGGCCCAAGCUUGUUCGUGUAGCUUCAGAAGUUCCCUCUCUGACCCAGGCUGAGUCCAUACUGCCCCUGAUCCCAGAAGGAAUGCUGACCCCUCAUCGUAUGAACUGUGCAUAGUCUCCAGAGCUUCAAAGGCAACACAAGCUCGCAACUCUUAAGAUUUUUUUAAACCACAAAAACCCUGGUUAGCCAUCUCAUGCUCAGCCUUAUCACUUCCCUCACUUUAGAAACUCUCUCCCUGCUGUAUAUUAAAGGGAGCAGGUGGAGAGUCAUUUUCCUUCAUCCUGCAUGUCUCUAACAUUAAUAGAAGGCAUGGCUCCUGCUGCAACCGCUGUGAAUGCUGCUGAGAACCUCCCUCUAUGGGGAUGGCUAUUUUAUUUUUGAGAAGGAAAAAAAAAAGUCAUGUAUAUAUACACAUAAAGGCAUAUAGCUAUAUAUAAAGAGAUAAGGGUGUUUAUGAAAUGAGAAAAUUAUUGGACAACUCAGACUUUACUAAAGCACAGUUAGACCCAAGGCCUAUGCUGAGGUCUAAACCUCUGAAAAAAGUAUAGUAUCCAGUACCCGUUCCCUCCCAGAGGUGGGAGUAACUGCUGGUAGUGCCUUCUCUGGUUGUGUUGCUCAGUGUGUAAGUGUGUGUUUGUUUCCAGGAUAUUUUCUUUUUAAAUGUCUUUCUUAUAUGGGUUUAAAAAAAAGUAAUAAAAGCCUGUUGCAAAAAUGACUCAUGUUAGAAACAUCUCCCUUGAACUUCACCAUCUUACGGACACUGCGAGUUGGGGAGAGAGGGUGAGAAUGGACAUGAUCACAUGCUUCCUGGUGGAGUCAGAUUUUCUUUUGCCUGAGAGCAGAGAAAUGAAGGCUACUGUUCACAUAAUUAAUUUGGAGAAAAUUGUCCAAAUGCGUAGGCGGGAGGGCGCUGCCUGGGUGACCAGCUGUUCCAUGUCUCUGCAGUGCAAGAGAGUCAAGGAGACUGAUUGCAGGCAGAGAUGCUGAUGUGUGGGAAAGAGAAGGGCCUUCUGGAGCAACGGGUGAUUUGACACCAGGACGCUACUGAGCUGGGCCAUAGUUCUUCUACUUCUGGAAUUAUUUAAAAAUAAGGUAGAAAGGAAUAGAUCUUUAAAAGUUUAAGAUCACUUCACCUGGAGGAAGGGGGCUAGAUCAAAUGACCAAAACAGUCCUUUCACUUGAGUUCUCUGACUUUCAUCAAAGGAACAUCUCAGUAAUCAUGGAAAUAACCACAUUAAAGUUAUUAAAAAGAAAUUCUUGCUGCCUUCCAGUAUUGACCACAUAGACUGCAAUACAUGGGGCCCAAAGAAUGAAUGAAUGUCCAACAAGCAUCCUUAAAAUUGCCCAAGAAUGGGGCACAUCUGUAACGUUUUUGUUCAUCUAAACCUCCAAGAAAUGUAUCUUUCAAUGAUUUUGCCAAAGUCCAAAAAUGAAGCAUUUUCUGCUUUUCAUUGACACUCAUAUGGUUACAGCAUAGGGUUAAUAAAUUCAAAGCUGUACGUUUGACAUUGAUACAGAUUAUUUGACUUAGCACAUAGGAAAAAGAACCUGUUACACAGUCUGGCUCUACUCGGCCUUUGAAUAUGUCCCUAUGCUGUUCACAGGGGGAGAGGGAAGAUGACUCAAUGCAAAUGUGUCACCGUUACUGGAAAAACCACUCAAUGCACAGGUCUGGACAGCACUGUGUCAUGGCAAAGUGCUGUCAUGUUCAUUGUGGGUCAAACCACAAUUAAGGGUAGAUGUUCAUUUUAGACCCAGCCCUACCACUUACUGGCUUUGUGUCUUCAGCAGAGAUCAACAAGGCAGGACAUGACCUUUCUUAGCCUCCACUCCCUCCGAGAUCAUGCAAAACAAAUCAAGUUUGUGAAAGAACUUUGCACAGUGCUAUAUUUUACUUGUAUUCACAUAAGGAACCAUUGUUCGUUACUACUAUACAGAUCAUAAUCCCUCAGAUCAGACUCUGGCAGGCCAAAGGCUUUAACAGGAUCCUGUUUAGGCUCAAUUUCUGGAAAUCCCUUUCCUAGUUUCAUAUGCUCAUGCUGGUAGAGAUAGGAUUAGUGAAAUUAAGGAGUUUACUUAUGAGUAAAAAGGCCUAUUCCGGGCCUGAUAACAGACGGUAGGAGGCGCCACACACACAUUUUCAAACCCAUUCCUUUUUUCCUUUUCAAGCCUCAAACGGGCAAUUUGUGGAUACUGUGGAUAUUUUUAAGCCUUUCUUAUCUCAGUUUGAGAAAAACUGAGAAGAGAAAGAAACAAGUAAACCAAAGUGCAACUGUCUCUUAAUGGUAAAACCCAAAAACUCAAGGAAUUUAGCCCAGUUCUCCCUCCUAUUGUACAAGGAGAGAUCCAGUCAGUGAAAUGAUUCCAUAAACUGAGCAGGGACCAGCGCAGUGGUUCUGUACCUUUCUGGCAUCAAGUGAUCCCUUUGGGAAUUUGAGGAACGCAUGGUCCAUCUCUCAGGAAAAUGAUCGUACAAAAUCUGUGCACCAUUUCAGGGAGUUCAUGGAUCGUCUAAAGACCUAUUAAAGACCC